CGAAGCACUAUGAGCUAUGAAACGAAUUGGUGAAUCGCCUUUCAAAAUGACCAUUAAGAUGAAGGAUCCGAACGAACCGAUUCUUUAGAAUGAACCGGUCUUCCCAACGAUAUCAUUUACGCCCAUGAGCUACACGCGAUUUAUGACCUCUUGCGGUUCCCGUUUCUUUCCUCACAGACUGCUCUUUGGCUGAGGGGGUUGCUCUCGCAUUAUUGCAAAAAGAAACGGAUAUGUUCAAUGUCAAAGCGAAUCUUUUUUGUUUUGAAUACGUGGUCCGCAUGGAAACAACGAAAGGCUUGCAGGAAUGACAGAUCGUUGUGCGUUUUCACAUUGCGUUGGAUUUGAUGCAGUAAGAGGGGCACUAUGAGGUAACCCCAGAGGAAUGCUAUGUGUGCUUGUCCAGGUCAGAUUUCUCCCAUUGAUAAGAGAAAUGAAGACUUGAAAGUGGUCAGUGCUAUCUUGGCAAACUCACAUACCACACACUGAUCAAGAACAUACAGGUUAAUGUUUGAUAACAGAAAGCCCCUAGAAACGAUCCUGUCAUCUUGCGCAGCUUCAUGUAUGUCCUGAACAUCGUCAGCACUUUAACUAUCUCCGCAUUCCUCCCUCCGCUGUGUUAAACCAGUCACAGCACGGACAGUAUUACAAUGGACACAGAUUCCAUCCACUCUGGUUAUUCUCACCACUCCAACAGGUCACGGGGGUCAAACAAACAGAGUGAACGCAGCAGCAGGGAUCGGCACAAAUCACACAGCCGAGACAGCAGCAGCCGCUCGGACAAAAAUGUCACCAUCAGUGCAUCGUCAGCUCAGCCACAGCAGCCGGAUCAGAGCUCCGCCCCCACAGACGCCCAGGAUGACAACUGGGGUGAAACCACCACAGCGGUCACUGGAACAUCAGACCACAGCUUGUCUCAAGAGGAUUUGGCUGGCUUCGGGAAGGAGACAGAAGGUCCAGUAGAGAAACUGAACUGUGUACGCUUCCUUCCUUUGGCCCUCACCCUCAUCCUGGGCCUGCUGGUUCUGAUCACCCCCCUGUCCUUCCUGGUGCUGCCCCAGCUGAUGUGGCCGGAGCGCUUGCAGGCUUGUGGUACUGCCUGUGAGGGACUGUUUCUCUCGCUGGCGUUCAAGCUCCUCAUUCUGCUGCUGGCUGGCUGGGCGCUGUUUGCGCGUCCGGGGCGAGCCUCCCUGCCCCGGAUAGCAGUGUUCCGCGCCCUGCUUGGGUUGCUCACGCUCCUCCUGCUGCUCUCCUAUUGGCUGUUCUUUGGAGUGCGCAUCUUGGACUCGCAGGAUGAGAACUACCAAGGCAUAGUGCAGUUUGCAGUAUCAUUGGUGGAUGCUCUGCUGUUCAUCCAUUACCUGGCAGUGGUUCUGCUGGAGAUCCGACAUCUGCAGCCCUGCUUUUCUCUCAGUGUCGUGCGCUCCACCGAUGGAGAGACUCGCCACUACAACCUGGGACAGCUCAGCAUUCAGCGGGCAGCCCUGGUAAUUCUUGAACACUAUUACAAGGAUUUCUCAGUUCACAACCCUGCCCUACUGACGGCUGCAAAGUCCAGGGCAGCUAAACAUCUGGCUGGGCUGAAAGUCUAUAAUGUAGAUGGUGCUGGUAGCGAUGCUGCAACAGCUCAGUCUCGGGCUAAAAUAGCAGCUGCCGCCCGACAAAGAGACACCAGCCACAAUGAGCUGUACUACGAGGAAGCAGAGCAUGAUAGAAGAGUCCGAAAGCGCAGAGCACGGCUGGUGGUGGCAGUAGAGGAGGCGUUCACACACGUUAGACGGCUGCAGGAGGAGGAGAAAAAGAAGCCGCCAGGAGAUGAGAUGGAUCCACGUGAGGCUGCUCAGGCCAUCUUCCCCUCCAUGGCUCGAGCACUGCAGAAAUACCUGCGCACCACCCGUCAGCAGCACUGCCACAGCAUGGACAGCAUUCAGGCCCACCUGGCAUUCUGCAUUACAAACAACAUGACUCCAAAGGCAUUUCUGGAGAGUUAUCUGAUGGCUGGGCCCACACUGCAGUAUACGAGGGAGUGCUGGCAAACCCGGCAGUGGACGCUGGUCAGCGAAGCGUCGGUCACCAGUCCCCUCCGUCACGGCUCUGAAUUCCAGCUCAAAUCAUCUGACUUCAGCUUAGUGGUCACCAGCAAAGCUAUCCCUCACCUCAAACUCAGUGAGGAGUACGUCCACCCCAAGUCCCACAAGUUUGUACUACAACUACAGUCUGAGACCUCCGUCUGAUGGAUUCGGUUGCUUUUGUCUGUUUGGUUUUUCUACACAUGUAAAUUUUGGACUAGUGCUAUUUUGUUUGAAAUUCUUUUUCACUUUUUCACAGUUUAUAAAUGGCAUUUUACAUAAUGGAUGUAUUUUGAUACAAUAUUUGUUAUUACCAAGAACAGAAGAGGGAAAAAAAAUACAAACAAAAAAUAUAUACAUGUACUGUAUGUAUCUGAUUACCUUGUGCUGACUGGUGUGAUUGUGCGUUUGUGCUGCUUGUCUGUAUGUUUCUUUCUGCAUAGAGCAAAUGCUAAUUAUUGGCUGUGAUAAGCAUCAGACUGAGGCAUCAUGAGUAAAGGUUUUACAAGUAGAUCUUGUUUAGGAUAUCUAUGUUUGUGAGACCCCUCUGAUGCCCCCCAUCGGCAUCAGAGAUGGAAUUCUGUAAGAUUUAGUAAGGUCAGAAACAUUGGUUAGAGAGUCAGAUUUAUCAGUGCCAUAACAGUGGUAUAAUAGCCAAACAUAAAUGAUCAUUUUUAGCCUGUUGGAUUUUUUUGAGUUCUACCAUUUUUAUAUGUUUGGAAAAAAUGGGUAAUAUAUUGUGAGAAAAAACAGCUGUUCCUUUGUGAUUAAUAAAUUGUGAUUUGUAGUUUGCCUCUUUUUUUUGCGUGUGGUAAUUAAAUUGUGAAUAAGGUAUUUUUACAUUUAAUUAUUUUUAAGUGUGUGUGCAUCAUCAUUAAAACAACGACUUGUGUUUGUAAAACACAAGCCCAUUAGUGCUGCUUAACACAUUUAUAAACCUUGCUAUUCACUGCGUUUUUUGCUUAUGAAGCAAAAAUAGGGGAAAAAACUGUAAUGCCUUUUUCUUUUUUUUUACUGCUCUAGUGAAUUUUUCCACUAAGGAUAAUAUAUGAUUUUUUUGUAUUUAAUGAUGAAGAACAAUUAUGUUUUAUAUUAUUUCUACAUUUUCUAGCUAUGUUACGGCAUAUAUUUACCCAUUGCGUAUUGUAAGUUCUGUCCUAUCAUACAAGCCCAUUCCAUUCAGUUUGUCAGGAAUUAUCAACAAUUUAUGCCAUAACCCGUUGCAAGCCACAAACCUGCUUCAAAACUUAUUUAUUGGUGUUACGUUUAUAAAGGUGAAAUAUUGCAGAUUUAUUUUACAGAACAAGCUGUUUGUAUCAAUAGAGAGCACCCUGUAGAUCCUCUGAGCAUAGCUUCAAAUGAACAAUAGUCACAAGAAGUUUUUCAUCUAUUAAACUGAAAGUUCAAUGAAGAGUCAAUGCUUUGCUUCAUUGUGUCAAUGUAAUGCAAAGCCUUUGGAGGACAUAGCUAGAGAAAAAAAUCUAAUUUCUUUGGGCAAAAACAUUUGAAAUGAACCAGAUUUCACAUUUCAGAUGUAACUUUCUGUGUUUUGCUUUUUAGUGUAAUAAAUAGUGGAACUGUUUUCUGGUAAGACUGGUCAAAGAUCCAAAGGGCGUUUUGUGCCAUUUUUUGAUUGUAUGACAUUUCAUGUUGGACAAAAGUAUUGGGCAUUUCUUGCAUCAUAUGUUCAGCAAGAACAUGUUAUGAUUUGUGGUGAAUUCUUAGGCACUUUCAAACUGGAAUU